GUCUCAGUUAAGAUAUAUAAGUGCCGCAAUGCGAGACAGUGCUAAAAGGGCGGAGGAACGAUAAGUGUUUAUAUGCUGCUUCCCCCCCCCCACUACCACACAUCUGGCAGUCGGAGAGCCGAGAUGGCUGCACUUCGCCGACUCCCCGUGCUCGGAGGCCUCGCCAACCCCCGGCUUGGCCCCGCACUUCGGGCGGCGGCGGUGCGGGGAUUGGUGGGGCGUUCCCCCGAGGGGAGCCGCGCUCCGGAGCCGGGGGCGAACGGUUGGCAACUCUGCGGCGCCGUGUGUCUGCAGCGGCCGGCUGUGGUGUCGCGGGAGAUGAACCAGAUGGAAAGCGCGUUCGCGCGGCUGCUGGAGCAGAUGGAGCUGGAGAAAAGCCUCUAUUCUGAUCAUGAACUUCGAGUCUUUGAAGAUGAAGAAAGGAUUCAAAGAAGGCAGGCAUAUGAUUAUGAUUCAGAUGAAGAGGAUGACGUUGGCCAUGACAUUGUGACUGGCCAGGAUCUGGAGGAUAUGUGGGAACAGAAGUUCAGACAGUUCAAACCUGCUGAUAGAGUACAAGAAGCUGACAAGAAGAAUGAUAGAUCAACGUUGAACAGACGAUUGGAUGAAAAGCUGCUGUUGUUAAUAAAAGAAAAAGUAGGGGAUGAAGAGAUCUGGUUGCUACCACAGAGUUACUGGAAACCAGGGGAAACCAUGAGGCAGACUGCAGAACGCACCUUGUCUACUGUGUCUGGAAAUGAAUUGCAAGCUGUUUUUCUGGGGAAUGCUCCGUCCGGUUUCUGCAAAUACAAAUAUCCCAAGGCUGUACGAACUCCUAGUAAUGUUGGAGCCAAAGUAUUUUUCUUUAAAGCCUUGCUGAUAAAUGGAGAUCUUAAGACGAAAAAGAAUGAAGACCACGUGUGGGUAACCAAGAGUGAGCUGAAAGACUACCUCAAACCAAAUUACUUGAAGCAAGUUCAACGCUUUAUCUUUGAUAGCUCAGCAAUAAAUGUGUAGAAAUAUUAUUUUGUUAAAGUAGAAUCCUUCUGAACAUUAAAUUAUAAAUCUUGUGUCUCACUUUUUAUUGUACUUUGUUGCGCUCUUGGUUCUUCACUUGAGUUUCAAAAAUCUGACUUAGAAUGUCCUGUUUUCAAACAUUAGGUCCAUUUUAUUAACUUGUAUAUUUUUUGGAAAGCAGACUAAGCCAGAUUUACUAUCCAGACACAAUGAUCCCUGUGUUUAAACCAUUUCAGGGUCAACAGCAUUGCCAAGUGUCAGGAGCUGUAUGAAGUCCAGGACAAGUAAAGAUGGCAGUGGCAUUAGUGAGGCAGAUGGAUUUUUUUAUCGUAAUCCAGUGGUUUAGUAAUAUUAAUGACUGUUCCAGAUGAUUAAUAAUUCAAAUUCCACAGCUGUUGUAGGAAUUAAAAUUUACUUUUCGGAUUGCUGAUCUGAUAAUUUAACCAUUAUAUGACCACUGUACCCUUUGUGGAUUUACACAUGUGGAAAUGAGUGACUAUAGUAUCCUUCAACUCAAAAAUAUAUCAACCCUUUUGCUUAGCCAAUUGAAAGUUUGGUACUGACUGUCCCAAUUAUGUCAAAGUAAGGAUUGACAAUCUUGGGAAUGAAGAUAUAAACUUUUGGAGAUGCUGAAAUCUAGGGUAUUGUUUCAUUUCAUCAGUUUGAUUCCAUCUCACACUGUCAGAGAACACUUCUAUUAUCAGUCAUUGUCUACCAGACACUAGGCAGCAAAGUCAGAGCCUUUGGACAAAUCGAUGCCAAUUUUAAACCGCGUAUUAUUUAACUGUUGUAUUUGUUAAAUAUUUAUCAGUGACAGUGAAUUUUGCAUUUAAAUUUCUUUUCUCUUGGACGAUGCAGAUUAUAUAUAUUUUUCUGGAUCUAGCCCAAGUUCAGUGCAUGCCACAGUGUGCCAAGAUCUUAAUAACUUUAUCUCAUCGCAUUUUAUUGCAAGCUACUUUGGUUCAUGGCCGCCUUCUGCUUAAAUCUGCUUUGCUUUGUUUGAGGAUUCACUCCACAAGUCAUUUGUACUACCACAUAUAGUGACAUUAAUUAUGUAUUAAAUAAUUACACACAUCAUGCAUUCUGUUUCAAGUCGCAAAAUUUUUCUCUGUCAAUUUAUGUUACUUGGUUCAAUGUUAAACAGUUACAAAGUCUAAAUAACCUGGGCAUGAUUGGAACAAAUAAAAAUGAGGGAACCUUUGAUUAUCUUGUCCCAGAAUCUUGCUAGUUCUUUCUGUUAAUAUCCUUUGUGUUCUCGACAAUACUGUAUCAUGUUAAAAUGUAAGUAUUUUGCAGAUCUGGUUGAAUUUACCAAUUGAAUUGUUUUAUUUGAACGUAAUAUUUUUACUGCUGUCUUAAUACUGUCUCAAAAUGCAAUUUUUUUUCCUUGCCUAUUGAAGCAGUUGUCAAUACUUUCUGCUAUAGUUUGCAGCUGGCUCAUUUUACAUUAAGUGGUCAUGGAAUGGAGGUCUCUUUAUUUUGUACUAGAUAUUAGAGUUGUGUUCAUACAGAAUCUGAAUUAUCUGUGUUAAUUUUCAGAAGAUUUCCUACAUUAGAAACAUUGACUGCUCUUCUAAUACAUGUGGCUAAAAUUUUUAAUUUCUCAGUAAAACAGAA